AUGCUAAGACGAUCUCGUCUUCUCUUGCACCAUCGGUGGUGGACGGCUAUUCUCGUUUGCCUUAUUUUGGUGGGCAUCUGGAUUACCAUUCCCGAGACCGCUGAAGAUAUCGAGGAGGCGUCAGAAAUCGCUCCUGCUCAGUUUGUGUGGCUACCUCUGGCCAAUUUGACGUCACUUUCACAUUGUCGUAACUCAGAACAAGGACGAAAUUUAAUCACAGACGAACUCGGGUACGUGUGUCGGCACAUUGAUGUGAAGCCUAACGGCUGUUGUAAUCCGAACAGGCACUCAACGCAGAGAUUCGCUUGUACUGGUUGUCAGGACACUGGAUGUUGUGGUCUGUAUGAACACUGCAUUUCUUGUUGUCUUCAUCCUGACAAGCAGCCACUUUUGAGAAGUAUUCGUAGUCGAGCCGUUGUAUCGGUUCAUACCGUUAUAUCAGCCGUUCGUGAUCAGUUUGAAUUGUGUCUUGCCAAGUGUAGGACGUCUUCUUUGGUAAGUGGAUGUUUCUGGUAUUUUCCACUCUUAUAA